AUGAAGAUUCUUUCAAUUGACUUAGGAAGUUAUAAAACAGUAUUAGCCUCAUCAGACACCUCUGCGGGCGAAAUAAUCCUGAGCAGAACAGGGGGCAGAAGCACGAAAAUGGCCAUAGAUUACAGAAACAAGAUAAGAUCCUUUGGAAAUAUCAAUGUUACCUGCAAGGACAGAGAGAAGGUGGCAGAGGCCAUAAGAAGCGAAAUAGAGAGCCUUGCAGCACAGAUUGCAGCAAAGGGCGCAAAAAAGGCAGAUGUACCAAAGACAUCGCAUGUGUAUGGUCUUUUAAACCACUUAAUCACGCACUAUGCCGAAACAAAGAACAUAUCUACAAACGAGCUUGAGGUAGAGAUAAUAGUGCCGUGCUCGUACACUGAGCUGCACAAGAAUAUUCUGAUUAAAAUACUUGAGCUUAUCAACCCAAAAAUAGGAGUGGAGUGCAUUUCAGAUUCCAUUGCACUGUGCGCGUACUAUCUAAGCAGAAGGUCGUCAGACGUGCCAAAGAUAGUGGGGUUCAUCGACAUAGGAAGCGACAAAAGCACACUUACCACAGCAUCUAUAGUUGACACUGAGAUUCAGGUGAUUGGAAGAUCCACUGUGAAUGUUGGAGGAAGCGCAAUUACAGAGCAUCUUCUGAGAAAGAUAUACAACGGGCUGGACAAGAGCAUACCUGAUCUCUUCAGCAAGGAGGAGUUUGGCAUAAGAAAUCUGAAAAAAAUAGAGUGGAUCAAGGGAGCUAUAUUUGGACUUUCUUCUGUAACCACCCAGGUGGAUGCCUCGUACGAUAGGUCGGUUGGGGUAACCAUAACAAAGGCAGACAUAGAAGAGGUGGCAGGCGCUUUUUCAGAGCUGGAGGUAGAGCUACGCAGAAUGAGAGAGCAGAUAGAGAAGCAGGGGCAGAUCACUGAAAACACUGUGAUAGACGUGGAGAUAACUGGAGGGUCAUCAAAGAUGUUCUUUAUUGAGGACAUUAUACAAAAAACACUCAAUAAAAAGCCAGAGAUGCAUUUGAAUGCAGACGAGUCUGUGGCGCUUGGCGGGGUCUACAGAAGACUCAUGGAGAGCCCAUUCCACAGGUUUAGAUAUGAUCCUGUGAUUUGGGACACAACCAGCCAUCCAUACUACAUAAAGGUUGUGGGAAGCAGCACAAACCCACGGACUAUCAUGGUGUUUGACAAGCACACGCGAUAUGUCAAGGAGAUGAAGUCCAAGGUGGCUGGGAAGAAGUAUGACCCAAAGAUUGUGCUUCUGAAGUGCCCAAAAAAGACAGUAAAGAUUGCAAAGAUAGAUGAGGAAAGUGUAAUGACUGUAUAUGCAGGAGACUAUCCAGUGUACUCAUUAAAAAUAAAAGAAAAGACUGUGCAGCCAGAAGAUGACUCUAAGACAGAGGAAAAGAAAGAUGUUGUCGAAGAGGCAAAUGAUGAAAAGAAAGCAGUAAAGCUCGUCAUAAGCCUGACAUCUACAGGAGGAAUUCAUAUUACUUCAGAUGACGUAGAGGCAUUUAGCAUAUUAGAUGAAAUGAACAUGAUCGAAAUGAAAAGGUCUGAGGAUAGAUAUAUUAACAAGGAAAGGAUGGUUGUUGAGAUAGAAAGCAAGAUCAAUUCCAUACAGACGGGUAUAUACAACACAAUUGAGCUUCUUUCAGACUCUCUGUCUAUUCUUUCCUCUGCAGAGAAGGCAACCGAAAGUCUCUGGGAGCACAGUCAGACAGUGGAAGAACUUGCAGCAUCUGCAAAAACAAUGCAAGAGGUAACUGCGUUUGAAGACACUCUUGAGAAGGAAGUUUCUCUGGAAAGCGAGUGGAAUGAUGCAGGAAAGAAGUUAUCUGACAACUUCACAGAGAAAUACGGGGUUACUAUCACCCCACCUGUCUAUCCAGGAAUACACCGACUUUUUGACAUCUUUAAGUUCAUGCAGUCUGAAGUCAUUAAAGAGAUGGAGAGACAGGAGAGACAGAGAAAGUAUCAAAUGGAGCAGGAGCAGCUUGAGGAGCAAAGAAGGCUUGCAGAGAAGAAGAGGCUUGAAGAGGAGAGCACACAGCAAGACCAGAAUGCAGAGCACCAGCAGGCCCCAUCUGAAUAG